CUCUCUACACCAAUGGAAAAUCGUUUCAAAUUACAAAUCUCUAAAAUCCUACAAUCCACCUUCAAUUCCUGCCGGCCAAAAGACACUUCCGACGUCUCCGACCACCACUCAUUCAUCCCAGAAACCCGCCGUCACCGCCGUCUCAUUGAUCUCUUCUCACCUAAACCUCAACCACAUUCAUCUUCUUCCAUUAUACCCAAACCCCAUCUCGUACAAACCCAAUUUCCGGCGAUCCCAGAUCGCCGGCGACAAUACUCUGUUUCCCCUGCUUCUCAAUUUCAUGAAAAAACAUCAAAAAGAGACCGGAAAAAGAAACCCCAUUAUCGAAAAAGAAGAAAUAGUGCAAGCUUUUCAUCAAUUACAGAUAAUUAUUACCAUAGCUGGUGGAGUAGUGAAGAUGAUGAUGAUAAUCAAAGUGAAACUAAAACAACAAAUACUCUGUUUUCCCGGCGAUCGGGUUCUUCAGAUUCCGGCAAUGUGGUGGCAUUGAAUGGAUUUGCUGUGGCGAAAGAUACAAAUGAUCCAUACGAAGAUUUUAGGGUCUCAAUGGUGGACAUGAUUGUUGAAAAAGGAAUAUUUGGUGUUGAAGAGCUUGAAAAUUUGGUUGAGUGUUUUAUUUCGUUGAAUUCGGAAGAACAUCAUAAGGUUAUUUUUGAGGUUUUCGCCGAGAUUUGGGAGUCAAUGCUUUUGGAUUUGUAUAACAGAGGAACCCAAUCCCAGCAUAAGCGAGGGACAUAG